UUUUCUGCCUCUUCUGUACCAUAGAUGCUAUGUGCUACAAUGUACAAUGUACAAUGCACAACCCUACAUAAACUGUAGACGGAAGUUACUAUUUCUAGCACGUGAUUCACCUGUCAAUCAUACCCGUCCUUACCUUAUCAGUCAGAAAAAUAAUGUCUGUUAGAAAAUAUAGUCUGUUUCUCAACCGAUAGCACAACAAUCUCCAUGAUACGCUUAAAAUGGUGCUGCUACUGCAUUGCACUACGCAAGGCGUGCAUAAUCAUCGCCUGUUUAGACUUUGUUAUUAACUUAACCAUCGCCACCAUUGGCGCAAAAUAUCAAUUCAUCGAUAGGAUUGAGCAGGCGGUGGCUAUUUGUCACUGCAUCGGCUGUGUCUUCCUGAUAGGCGGGGCUCUGCUCAAAUCAUCCGUUCUGCUGAUCUUCUUCCUCAUUACCAGCCUGACCAACUAUGUCAUCUUGAUCGCCUAUGUCAUCUACAUUUGCUUUGAUUGGACUGAAGGCGCCUACCUAAAGUAA